UCUGGACAUUUAUGGUUUGAUUUCUUUGUAUGUAUGGAUCACUUGGGUUGUUACCGACGUCUGGUGAAAAUUUCAAGUCAUUAGCACCUCUWGUAAUAUAUUUACUGAGAAAAAUGUGACGUGUUCAAUACUUAUUUUACCCGCAGCAAAAUAUUUAGCAAAGUUGGUUCCUAAAUGUUUACAGACUUAAAAGAAGAUCAGGUGUUUCACAGAGACCCUAACAUUUUUUAGAUGUGUUGCUGCCAUUAAGUUCAAAGACAUUUUUAAUGUUCCGUUGUGUAUAAAAUACGGGUUUGUGAGAUUUGCAAAUCAUUAUUUUGUUUACAUUCACUACGUCCAAACUUUGUCAUGAUUGUUUCACAAUGUGUGAUAAGAAAUAAAUUCUAGUGAGAACUCAGUUUAAGCUGAAUUUUGUAAAAGCCAAACAAAUAAAGUUAGUGGUGAAAUUAAAGCAGUGAUUUAAAUCUCUGGACUCAGGAUCUGGUGAAUUCUGCUGACUCUCAGUGAGGAUAAGGUCAUAUUUAAGGUGGUAUCGCACACAUUGUUCUGAACUGGACAUGAGGACAUCGAUAUGACGCAUUCACGUGUUUGCUGAGGGUCACUUCAUCAGAGGUGUGGGUGCGUCUGAGCGUCCCCUCCUGGAGGAGCCGCGUAUAAAACCAGUCAGCCGCCCCCUCCCGGACAGAGUCCGGUCCGGUCUGGCCCGACGCGGUCGUGCUGUGUGCUUUAUGGAUGCUUCAGCAGUCCGGCACCGUCCUCAGCUCUGUCCAGCUCAGCGGGAUUAAGUCGGGAAGGCCGUGACCGCUCUGUCCUCCUCCCUGCACAGAUUACAGAGAGACAUCUGCCAUGGCGAACAGAGGGCCCAGUUACGGACUGAGCCGAGAGGUGCAGGAGAAGAUCGAGCAGAAGUACGACCCUGACCUGGAGCAGCGUCUGGUGGACUGGAUAGUGGCCCAGUGUGGAGGGAAUGUGGAGAAACCACAGCCGGGGAGGGAGAACUUCCAGAAAUGGCUGAUGGAUGGAACAAUCCUGUGUCGACUCAUCAACAGCCUUUAUCCAAGAGGGAAAGAGCCCAUCAAAAAGAUCACAGAGACGCAGAUGGCCUUUAAACAAAUGGAGAAGRUCUCCCAGUUCCUGCAGGCGGCAGAAGCUUACGGAGUCACCACCACAGACAUCUUCCAAACUGUGGACCUCUGGGAAGGAAAAGACAUGGCGGCAGUACAAAGAACCCUGAUGGCGCUGGGUAGUUUGGCGGUCACGAAAGACGAUGGUCUGUACAAAGGUGACAGAGACUGGUUCCACAGGAAAGCUCAAGGAUAUCGACGAGAGUUUACCGAAGAGCAGCUGCGUCAGGGACAGAGUCUGAUCGGCCUGCAGAUGGGCAGCAACCGUGGGGCUUCCCAAGCCGGAAUGACCGGCUACGGCAUGCACCGUCAGAUCAUGUAGACCACCCAMCAGCUAACACGCCCCCACCCCUCCUGCUUCCAGACUUCCUUUUCUACUAAUACCACAAAUGUUGUAGCUCCAAAACUUUCCUAAGCUUUGYAGCACCUUCCAUAUUAACCUCAGUCUCCCUGAAAGUGCUGCUUUUUCCCCAGAAGUGUUUCCUUUGAUUCUUGAAAA